AUGCAGUUCAACAACGUCACCGAAAAGCACUCUGCCGACAAUCAGAGCUCCCUCGCAUUCAAAACUCACAUCAAAAUCCAACAUCAGUCCAUCGCAAUGCCUUCGGGAAACGAGCGCAAAAGCGCUACCAACGACGAGGAGAGUGCGGUCUUCGCGCGCGACCCUGCGGCCUUCAUCGCGCAGCAGGUGAGCAAGUUCAAGCUGGAGGAAGCGGCGGCGGCGGCGGAGGCGGCGGGAGUGGCGGCGGGCAAAGCUCCCCCGGAUGGAUAUCUCGCGGGCGAGGAGGAUGGGACUUGUGUGAGGGAUUUCGCGGUUUCGGGCGGCGAUCGUGCCAAUGAGUUAUGA